UAUCUUUCACCUGGCCUCUAGGCAAAGGAGCCUGGGGUUAGCUGGCUGCCCGGGGUAAGGCACGGCUCAGGCAGGCUCCCUGGCCUCGCCCACCCCUUAGCAGUUGGGAUUUGCUGCCCUAGGCUGGCGUGACGACGGGUCCGUAGGUCUCUCGCUGCAGGGGGAGCGGCCCCGCCUGCCCCGGGAGCAGAGCGCUGCAGUUCAGCAUAAGUUAGCGUGUCCGCCCCGAGGGCAAAUGGCGCAGGGACGGGCCAGGUCGCGCAGGGCGCAGGUGCCCGCGAGGCCCGGGCUGGAGGUGGGGCCGGCAGGUGUUCCUAGAACAGGAGAUCAAAUCACAAAUGUCUUCCAGAAGUGCAUUGUCGCAGCACAGAUCAAGGCAGCAUGGCAGAUCUACACAAUACGAUGAAGUAUAUGUGGAUUCCUCUUUUCUAGAAGAUACGGCAAGUCCACCUCAAAGUUCUCAAAAUGCUGAACUGGUACUGAUUUCGGAUCGCUUGCCGCCACCACCGCCUCUCCCACUGCAACCACCUCUCGGCCCUGAAUUUUACCCAAGUGAUAGUGAAGAACCGUCUGAUCUCAAACCAGUAAGACGGUUCAUUCCAGACUCCUGGAAGAACUUCUUCAAAGGGAGAAGAGAAAAUCCAGAAUUGGAUCAGCCAGUGUCAGAUAUAAAAUACACUUCGGGUGGAGCUGAGUGUUCUCCACCAGCAUCUCCAAUACAGCAAAAUCACAAGUCAGCUGCUAGUUCCUAUAAAGACCCAUAUGGAGGGUCAGGUGGAAGCUAUAAUUCACGCAAACAAGCUGAAGCCAUGCUUACCCAAGAUCCUUAUGACUCCCUAGAACGACAUACUCAAAUGGCUCUAACUUACAGUGAGAAGGUGGAAGCUUAUAAUUUGAGAUACUCCUACAUGAAAUCAUGGGCAGGUUUACUCAGAAUUCUGUGUGUUGUAGAGCUGCUUUUAGGUGCAGCUGUCUUUGCUUGUGUCACAGCUUAUAUACACAAAGAUAAUGAAUGGUACAACAUGUUUGGAUACUCACAGCCAUAUGGUUUUACAGCAAACAGUAUAUAUGGAGGCUAUUAUUAUAGUGGCCCCAAAACCCCUUUUAUACUUGUAGUAGCAGGCUUGGCUUGGGUAGUGACUAUAGCGCUUCUAGUGCUUGGCAUGUCAAUGUACUAUCGAACAAUUCUUCUGGACUCGAAUUGGUGGCCUUUAACUGAAUUUGGAAUUAAUGUUGCAUUAUUCAUUCUGUAUAUGGCGGCUGCGAUAGUCUAUGUGAAUGAUGCUAACCGAGGUGGACUCUGCUAUUACCAAUUAUUUAAAACACCAAUGAAUGCAUCAUUUUGCCGCAUAGAAGGAGGACAGACAGCAGCAAUAAUCUUUUUGUUUGUCACGGUGAUUGUCUAUCUUAUUAGUACAGUAGUUAGCCUAAAGCUAUGGAGACAUGAAGGAGCAAGGAGGCAUAGAGAAUUAAUGGAACAAGAGAUGAAAACACAAUCUUUUCCACCAAAAAGAAUGUAUGAAAGUACAGACAGACCAAGAGAAGAAGUCAAUUACAGGCAAUUUAAAUCGGUGGAAAUGAAACCUGAACUACUUAAUGGCCACAUACCAUCAGGGCACAUUCCUAAGCCUAUAGUGAUGCCAGACUACUUAGCAAAAUACCCAGCAAUUCAGACAGACGAUGAGCGAGAUCGUUAUAAAGCUGUGUUUAACGAUCAGUUUGCUGAAUAUAAAGAGCUCUCUGCUGAAGUUCAGGUGGUCUUAAAAAAAUUUGAUGAUUUGGAUGCAUUGAUGAGCAAGCUCUCUCUUCAUCCCGGAAACACACUGGAACAUGACAGAAUUUCAAAAGUUCUGCAAGAAUAUAAAAAGAAGAAGAAUGAUCCUACAUUUCUGGAGAAAAAGGAACGUUGUGAAUACCUAAAGAACAAACUUUCUCACAUAAAACAAAGAAUUCAGGACUACGAUAAAGUUAUGAAUUGGAACAUACAGACAUAGUAUCACUCUAACUUUAUGUGGAAGCUACUUAGUAUUUUUGAAAUAGAAAUUAUUUUUAAAUAUUUAUCUUCAAAAUUUAUUAGCUUCCUAAUAUGAAACCAAUUGCUUCCUCAAUCAAUGCCUGUAUGUAGUCUAUUUAAAUCUUGUGUGUUUCUGACAGGUUUUGUAUGCAAUCAUAUUUUAAAUGCAAUAUAACAAAUAAGUUAACAAGCUAUUUUAUGGCAUCUACAUUAAUUGUAUGCUUUAUUAAUAGAUAAAUGCCUAAGUCUGUCCCUUUUUAUGUAAUCAUAGGUAUUUCUCAGAAUCCACUGAGUAAUAUCUGCCGGACAGGAAGGAGAGAAAUGUGGUACAAGCCUCCUUACUGUUUCAGCCUGAAUAUGUAUUUAAUUCUUAUAUCUUUCUUUUCUCAUGCAGAAGUUCUAAAGAAAGCGGUUGAAGUUUUGCCUGAAUAAGGGCUGCAGAACAGGUCCUAUAUUAGCAACCAUAGCAUAGCUUAAUUCUGACCUCUGCCUUGCAGAGGUGAGGUAACUUAUUCACAUUCCUAAACCAUAAUAAUAUGGGAAUGAAGAGAUUAUUGAACUCAUGUCCAGGCUCAGCUAGUGCUGCUAUGGAACUAACACUCUCUACAAACCUCCCCUGGGUGACGUAGGUAGAACUGCAUGUGUUAAAUUAAGGGAAGAGAGCACCCAGAGGAACAUGACUUUCUUGUUUGAGAACUGGAGAGAGUAGCUGAUGCAGGUAAUUGUAAACACUAGGAGUCAAAUGAAUGUACACAGGAAAUUUUAAACUUAAUUCUCAGUAUAAAACCUCCCAAAAAAGUUACGGUAUAUAAACCAUAAGCAGGUGAUGUAAAUCCAAGUGAAAUGUUGUUCACUGAUGAGACAAGCCUCUAGAGAUUUAGCGUACCUUUAUACUAAACCUUACAAUGUGGCUUGAACUUGUAAAUCUAUUUUGUAUCACAGUUGUAAAUACCUACAAACUUAUGAAAAUGUCAUCUUAUAUGAGUUUUAUCUUUGUAUGAACUUUUUUUACUAAUUAAAAUACACUAAAAUUA